AUGGACUCCGAGGGGACCUCGACCCUGGCCAGCCAAGACCUAUCUGAGAAGGCCUGGUACGUGGUCGGUUGGAGCGAAAUCAUCGCCUGUACUUUGAUGUUAGGAUACUAUCUGCUGAUGGUGCUGUUCGGCUUUAUCGGCUGGCUCUUGGCCCGAUACCGUAUACGGCGUGGUCACGUCUCCGGUCGCCCUCUUGCUCCGGUCCUUACUGGCUUCAAUCUGGCCGAUGCGGGCGGACUAAGGAUCAAAUACACCGACGAUGAGGACUCUAUGUGA